AUGUCUACAGCAUCUCGGCCCAAUUGUUACAGCAUGGCCGCUGUUGUAUGCAGUGUGAGUUCACCCUCCCCAUGUUCUGAUGACUCUGAUGAGAGCUCCGAGGGUUCAAGCUCACUCAGUCCAUCCCCUUCUUGUCCGAAGCGCUGGCAUCGCUGGCUGCCUGGAACAUACUUCGCGGUUGCCGUCGUCAACGCCGCAGCCACGGCUUUGUUCUUUCCUGUGGAAGACCAGACCCACUACUUCGGGUCGUACUACGAGCAUCCUGAGCACCUGCCUCUCAACAGGCUUUUCUUUUCUGGGCUCAUGCUGGCAAGUCUGGGGUCUGGUUGGGCAGCAGCCUUCCUGAGCAAACGGGCUGGAGCUUCAGCUCACGUCAGGUCGGCGGCGGGCUACGCCAUGAUCAAUUGGUUUCAGUCCUUGUUGGCUUCAAUGAGCCUAUGCCCCAGUGGCUUCAGGUAUGGCUUCAUACCAGCCUAUGACCUCCAGCCGGCAUGGCACAUCGCCUUUGCGGUGUGUCGGGCUCUGCUGCUCAUGGUUGGCUUGUUCUGGAUGCAGUUGCUCGUCUUCUGGCGGAUCGAUCUCUUGGAGCAGUCUUCCAACCAAAAAUAUUGCGGCAAGUGCAUUCGCAGGCUACUCCAGAUGCAAACCUUCAGCGCCGCAGCAACCGCGGCUUCUCUUUUCAGCGUGGGAAUGGCGCUGUGCGAUGUCUACUACAAUGAUGAUGUGUUCAUGGUGUCGAUAUAUUCUGCAGUGUUGCUGGGGGUGUUGACUUUGCUGUGCAACGUGGCAACAGGAGUUGCAGCGAUCUGGUCCCUCUCCAAGUCCUUCCUGCAGUUGCGAAAAGUUCUGCGCCUAACAGAUCUCCAAGACACGCCGGUUGGAACGUCCUUGAGACAGGCGGGAAGGUUUGCCUUCCUACAACUCAUGGGUGUUUCCUUCAGCCUCUUGUUUUCCUUCCUCGUCGUCCCGCUCACACUACUUGGCAACUCAGUAGACCUCGUCGUUCCGCUCGGCAAGGCUGAGAUUGGGUUAAGUCUUGACACCCGAUGGAUAUGGCUCCUCUUCUUUGCUCAAGCGGGUGACUUCCUGGGCAAUGCAUUUGCUGCACUGCUUCUGUCCGGCAGCCAUCGGCUGCCUAAGAUGGACCAUGUAAGCCAACCGAGCCGAACCAGUGCACAGAUGUCUUGCAGAAUAUGCUCUAAGAAGCCCAAAGCAGUGCCAGCUGACACCUGGAGCCCCGCCUGGAGGGCAAAGGUUGAAGAGCUAUCCAUGCGAGGAAUGACCCUGCGCAGCCUGCUGUGCUUCUAUCAGGAGGACCUCCCGUCCCUAGGCUGGAGAUAUUCGCCCAAGGAACACAAAACGAGGGAUGUGGUCAGAGGGUCGAUCAUACCUCUCACCGGAAGAGAAGAAUCUUCAUAUGCACUCUCAACUUUCAACAGGGACGGUGCUCAAAGAGCCGCAGUCAUGGUGACCCACAACUGGGGAAACUGCUUUAACGACUUGCUGGCUGCAGUUAUCGCGGAUGCUCUUCACGAAUGCAGUUUCAGCUUGGUGGCCAAGCUAUUGGAUGAAGACUGUGCCUUCCUUCAUGAGAUCCUGACGCAAAGCGGCCGACUGGAUGACACUUAUUGGAUUUGUGCGUUUGCGGUGAACCAGCAUCUCACCAUUUGCCACAGCAACCCGUAUGACCAGGAUCCAUUGACGGAUCAGCUGCACCCGGUGUGCGCCUGCAAUAGCCUAAACAUCUUUGAUCCAGAUGGCCGAAGUACCAGCUCAGAGAUCAACAAGUUCGAUGACAUGAUGUACCACCUUGCUUCAACAGGAGGCUGCAGGCAAGUGAUCGCGAUAGACCAAUCGCUGGAUUUGUUUAAUCGUGCUUGGUGCGUCGCCGAAAUAGCAGAAGCCAAGCGUCUGGAAAUGAAGCAGUCAUUAAAACUUGCGUCCAAAGCGAGUAUCAUGCAGCGUGCGCAAACGUUGGAGAACUUGGAUGUUCGAAGAAUGCGUGCGGCCUCCGAAACCGACAAAGAAAUCAUACUCAACAAGAUCAAGAAGAGCGUGAGCAUCGACAAGUUCAACCAUGAGCUGCAGGCGCUGAUCUUUGACCCAAAGUCUGGCCUUCUUGCAUCCUGGAACGCCAUGGAUAGUUUGCAGCGGAUUGGGGAAGUGGGGCGGCUGGUCCGCUGGGGGCUUGCUGAUGCAGGCUCUGGGAAGGUGUGGAAAGCAUGGGACGUUUGCGAGUGA